AAAUUAAGAUCACACUGCAUAUUCUUUUCACUAAGCACAGCUCACGUCCAUUGUUGUCUUCAUUACAUCAUCUUUCUUCUUCUCUUGACUCAUCUUUUUCAAAUCUUCACCUCGGCCCUCUUUCUUUCCGCUUCUGCUCAGUUGAAUUCAAGGGCUCUACGUCAUGAAUGACCUUCUUAGUGAUUCGUUUGUUAGCGAUGAGCAGCAUCCAACCAGAGGACCGGACAUUGAGAUGGGCACUCGGCUUACAAGGAAUAAUUCAGACUUGGGAAUGGAAGCUUUUAAUAAACAGAUACAAGAGGUUGAUAAACAGGUGGACAAACUCUCUGAGUUACUGAAGAAACUCAAGGAGGCUAAUGAGGAAUCAAAGUCAGUUACAAAGGCCUCGGCUAUGAAAGCCAUCAGGAAGCGUAUGGAGAAAGAUGUUGAUGAAGUGGGGAAGAUUGCACGUGGAGUAAAAGGAAAAUUGGAAGCAUUAAACAGAGACAACCUGGCAAAUCGACAGAAGCCUGGGUGUGGGAAGGGAACUGGUGUUGACAGAUCAAGAACAAAUAUGACAAAUGCCCUGACAAAGAAGUUUAAGGACUUAAUGAUAGAGUUUCAGAAUUUGAGACAAAAGAUAGAUGAUGAAUAUCGUGAAGUUGUGGAGAGGAGGGUGAUUACAGUCACUGGAACCAGACCAGAUGAGGAGACAAUUAACCACCUGAUAGAAACCGGGAGCAGUGAACAAAUAUUCCAGACGGCUAUUCAAGGAAUGGGACGAGGACAGGUGCUAAACACCUUAGAAGAAAUUCAGGAGAGACAUGAUGCUGUCAAAGAAAUUGAGAGAAAGCUUCUUGACCUUCAUCAGAUUUAUCUUGAUAUGGCUGUCCUAGUUGAAGCUCAAGGAGACAUGCUGGAUAACAUCGAAACUCAGGUGUCAACUGCAGUCGAUCAUGUCCAAAGUGGGACAACUGCACUUCAGAAUGCAAAGAAACUUCAGAAGAAGUCUCGAAAAUGGAUGUGCAUUGCCAUUAUUAUUCUCUUAAUAAUAGUAGCUAUUAUAGUUGUUGGGGUAAUUAAGCCCUGGAAGAGCAAGGGUGCUUGAGUUUGAGUUUUUUUUUUUUUGUGCAUUCAAGUUGCCUCCAUAUAGAUGUCUGUAAUUUUAGUUGUCAGAAAAGCCUCUCACUUCCGGCCAUUCUUGUGUGUUUGUGCAGUUUUAUCUCCUGCAUUGUCUGAUUUUCUUCUUCUUUUUUUCUUGUUCUUUAUAGUUUCAUCACUUGUGUAAUAUAUUUGUUUUCUUGAUGAUGCUGAUUUGGUUUGCCAAUUUGUAUGUGAGUUGCACAGUUCAUCCUUCUAUCA